UAUCCUCCGUACUAUACGCCUCUCCAUCUAAAACACUCCCCUCCGGACGUUCCCUAGCCGAUCGAACCGCUCGCUCCGCCUGCAGUCGCGCUUCUGAAACACCCUUUGUACAUACGCCCCGCUGACUCUCUCCGGCCGCCCUCACAGCCUGAGCGGCUCCACCUCCAAACGCCAGGCCACCUCCGACUUCUUACUUCUGACUUUACACUUCACACUUCUUACUUUAGGACUUCUGACCACGCCACAUACGCCUGCUACCGAACAAGGAAUGCGAUGAGCGAGGCAUACUCGUUGAUAUAGACCCUUCCCGCCAGACCUGGCCGACCCCCAGGAACGAAGAACCGACUUGCACGGUUGCCAUACUUCACCAUGGAGGUCGCUCCAGCUCUCACCGGGCACCAGAUGCUAGCCAAUGCCACUCGCGGCAGGAACAGGAGUGCUUCGGACGCUUUCCCCCCGACCGAACGAGAACCCCAAUCUACACAGCUUCCGAAGGCUGCGAGCUACACCUACUUUCCCCGUGUCAAAGACCUCGACGAUCCACCACUACUCGAACUCAAGGGCACAAUAUCGGAGGAGGAACUGAAGACAACAUCGAUCAAUGGCGACGGGUCCUCGAGGUCGUCCGCCGACUCGAGCCCCAGCUCCGAGGAUGCGCCCAAGGAACAGAUGCCGGAGCUCCGGCCUGCCAAUGCUCGUCGAAUGUCGAGGAUUCUUUCAUUCUCGAGUAAGAGCAGAGAUCCCUCGCAGGAGCCGAAGCCCUCACGCAACCGACUCGAUUCCCCCGCCGCGAAUGCCGACUCGCCCAAGUCCAUGUCACCUGCCCGAUCAUUCACGAAGCUGCGGAGGAAGUCUUGGAUUUCACAGUCAAGGUCAUCUUCACCUACAAAGGAAAACAAGAAAGCGAGCGCGAAGGAGCAGAAGGAUGGUCAGCAGGACAAGGCAGCAGGCACGGCAGUGAAGAGCGCGGAUCCAAGAAAGACUUCAUUGACAGUCGAGGCGAGCAAGCGCAAAAUGUCACUGACUGCACCAAGCAUUCCUGAGAAGGCCCGGACCAAGGACACCGCAGUAAAGGACCAGGACACCCAGAGUCGCGUGCUAACGAAAAAGUCAAAGAGACCGCUGAGCGGACUUUUCACAUCUUCCACCGAGCCGCAGGUGCAUACAACGGCCGCUGAUGCGCCUUCUGUCCCCCAACUACCAAAGUCGUUCUCCACCGAAAAGCUGCCCGCCUUCCCGCAAUCCCCGACGACACCAUCCCACAUCCCUCCGAUCCCUCGUAAUCUCUCCUCGGACAAGCUCAAGGGCGCCAAAACGGAGCCUCGCAAGAAAGACGAGCUCUGGACUGUGUACCGGACGUUGGAGGCGGACCUUCGAAAAUUCCAAUCCAAAUCCACCUCCCUCAAGGCGAAUGUGCUUCGCACGACUUUGCUACCGUUCCUUCGCUCAUACCUUAGCCAUCCCUCAAACCAGAAGCUGCGACCGGAGGAUCUUGAUCGACGUGUCAAUAUCUUGAAUGGCUGGUGGACGACCCUCAUGGACCUCCUUGCGGGGAAAAACAAUCAAUCCAUUUCCGGAACCGACCGACCCGCCAUUUUGGAAGGAAUAGCUGGAAUCAUGGAACGACCCGAAUGGCGAACGGCUCCUUCCUCCUAUUCCGCACCUGCAGAUCGUGCAGAGACGUCAUCGGCGACGACGGUGCAAACAGCGGCGUCUACUUCGUCGAGUUCCUCGGACUUCCUCGCCGAGUCGGUAUACCACAAUGUUCGCAAUAUCUUUACCUCGAAUCUGCUGGCCCAGAUGACAUUUGUCAUUGACAAGAUGUCGUUGCGAAAUGCAGCCGCCAGCUUGGUCACAUUCUGUGGCAAAACCUGUGCCUAUGCAUUUUGCUUCUGUCCAGGAGUCGCCGACAUCUUGGUCCGCCUGUGGAACCCGUCAAUCGAUUUGUUGAAACGCGUCUUUCAAGAAUCUGGAGUAUCGAGACAAGACCGACUCGAGGCAGUUUCCGACCGCGUUGUGUCGAGGUUCCCUCCAACGCUUCACUCGCUCAAGUUCCAAUCUCUGGCUAAAUUGGCCCGCCUCCUGCGACAGCCUGCGAACUUCCCUCUAGGAACGGGAAAUCUUGAUUGGUACGGCAGCUGGGUAAAGCGCUGGUCCGGCGCCGAGAGCGACAUGUUUUACGUCUUUGCAAAGCAUUACCACAUCCUAGUAACAGAGUUCCUGCCUGGUGAGACCACCGACGCCGAAAGGAUGUGCGUCCCUGGCCUGAUACUGGUCCACGCACAGAUUUUGUUCAACAUAGAUGCCACAAUAAACCGACACACCGCGCCGCAGCAGCCCGAAGAGGUGGUUCACAUUGCUUCAUCGAUAACCUUUGACGAUGUUCUGGGUGAUCCGGAUACUUCUGUAUCGUCGACAUUACCGAUCCCGCCUACGAACGUGACCAGGCAGAUGGCAGAAAACCGGCUGAUCAUGCUCAUACGCGAUCUGCUGGCAGAGAGGAAUUCACACUUGAAUACCGCAAGACGAACUUUUGCGGAGAGCUUUGGCCGACUGAUGAAAGCCGCGGCUAAGAGAGUGUCACUGUACGACAACAAUGCCUGCUAUACUCUGUGCGAUUUCAUGGAAGAGGCUUUCGUGAUCCUGGUCCGUUACGAGCAACUCAACGCACACCACCACUCCGUCCUGGAAUGGCCAUUCUGGCUUUCAGUAUGCAAGCAGAUGGCGGCGAGCCAGAACACCGCAACCGAGAUCAAGCUCUACUCAUUCCUCUACACCGCAUGGCCUACGAUCGUCGUUAACGAGGACCGCAAAACAAGCCUUUGCUUAGAUUUCCUGUUGGAGCCCGACUUUUUCGAGAGCAGAUUCAACCACUGGUGCCCGAUGGUUCGAUCCUAUUUCAUGCGAUUACUGUGUUGGAGAGUUGCGCGAUUCGACGGCGACGGAUCCGCUGCUGAAAUCACGAUUAUCAAAGCAUUGAGCGAUCGCUUGCGCUCCGUCUGGUCUCACUAUCUUUGGCUUCACCAGGACGCCGAAACCAAAGAAGUCGUUCUCCCAUCGACGACCGCCUGCAACCCCGCCCCUGGUCGACGCUUUCUCAUCAUUCGUAACGAUAACCCUGCAGUAUCUAGUUCCGGUCCCUUCAUCUCGUUCGAUGGAGUUCUUCAAUCACCUACAUCCAGGCGACUAUCUGCCUCGCCUUCUGUCCCCGAUAUCGAGAACCGGCCUGUCUCCGCACAGUCCACAGAUUCAGACCUUGCCGAAGAGGAACCCAACAAAGGCGGACGCUGGAGCUUGUUCCGUAAUCUCAUUGGCGGAUCCAAACAGUCUCCGAAGGCCAAAAGCUCACCGCCGAAAAAGGAAAAUGACAAGUCGACAAGUCAUGCUGCAGCGGACACAUCAGCCGGCGCAUCGCAAGACAAGGCUGUCCCGAGCGAACCUGCACCCUCGCACCGCAGCUAUAGUUUCCGUUUCUCCCUAGAGUGGGUUGAUAAACGAUUCGGAGUGUAUCAAAACAUGCGUCUCAGUCCCCCGCGACUUCCGCUACCCGCACAGACAUUACUGCAGGACGAAAAACACAACAUCCAACCCGCGGAUCGCGUCAAGCCAAUCGGGCCUGCGACUAGCUCGUCCCGCUAUGCUGGCAGAGCUCUGGCAGAGUGGACCUUCAUCUCCCACGAAUGUCAGAAUUUCUUCGACCGUCGAAAGAACGAAGGCGUGCCUUCUAAUAAGCUGGUCGAAACCCCAACUCUGGCUGUUGAGGCUUUUAGAAGACCAGGAUAGAUCUCCUCUGGACUAACUGUGUUGGCCGGCUAGCCCAAACACUACGACAGCAGUUCGCUUCAUCCAUCAACCUGCCCUUGUUGCCUUCCGGUUCUUUUGCUCGAAUCCAGAAUUUUGCGCACUU